AAGAAACAGUAGGCUUAAGAUAUUUUGUAGAAAGAGACAACGAAUUUCAUACAGAACUAGAACAGCAGCAGCCAACUGUUGAUAAUCUUCUUCAUGAUAUUAAAAGUAUGAUAGAAGGUCUUCAAGAUCUUAAUGUUAAUCCCUUACAAAUAGUUAAAGAUAAACUGGAACAUGUUCUUAAACAAGUUUGA